AUGACGCUCACGGGCGACACUCGCAAGCCCUAUGGCGGGUCCUCGCGCUCCCUCGUCCUCGCCUUCGAUCUCGGCACAACCUUCAGCGGCGUCUCCUACGCCAUCCUCGAGCCCGGCGAGGUCCCCAAAAUACACGGCGUCACCCGCUUUCCGGGCCAGGAGCACGUCGCGGGCAACUCCAAGAUCCCCACCCUCAUGUACUACGACAAACACGGCAAGAUGACCGCCGCGGGCGCAGAGGCCGACACCGCCGCAAUGGCAGACCUCGCCGAGGACGACGGCUGGCUCAAGGCAGAACUGUUCAAGCUGCGCCUCCGCCCAAAGACGAUGGCGCUCAAGAUGAACGGCAUGCGCCUCCCCGCCCUCCCGCGCGGCAAGAGCUCCGUGCACGUCUUUGGCGAUUUCCUCGGCUACCUCUUUCGCUGCACGCGCAGCUUCAUCGUCGACACCCACGCGAACGGCGGCGCGAUGUGGCGCGCGGUCGAGAACGACCUGCAGUUCGUGCUCAGCCACCCGAACGGCUGGGAGGGCGCCCAGCAGACCAAGAUGCGCCGCGCGGCCGUGUACGGCGGCCUCAUCCCCGACACGGACGCGGGCAAGGCCCGCAUCCGCUUCGUCACGGAGGGCGAGGCGAGCCUCCACGCGUGCGUCCUCAACGGGCUCGCAAACGACGUGCUCUCGAACCCCUCGGGCCACGGGUUCCUCGUCGCCGACGCCGGGGGCGGCACCCUCGACAUCUCGUCGUACGCGAUCCGCGGAACCUCGCCGCUGGUGAUGGAGGAGAUCGCGCCGCCGGACUGUGUGUUCGCCGGAUCGGUCUUCGUGAGCCGCAGGGCCCGCGAGUUCUUCGAAGAGAAGCUGCGCCACUCCAAAUACGGCGCACCCGAAACCCUCGACCACAUCGCCAAACGCUUCGACGAGACCACAAAGCGCUUGUUCCGCGACCGAAACGACCUCCAGUUCGUCCCCUUUGGCUCUCCCCUCGACAAGGACCUCUCCGUCGGCAUUCGCGCGGGCGCGCUCAAGCUGACCGGAAACGAGGUCGCCGCCUUGUACGAGCCAUCGGUGGAGGCCGCCGUCAUCUCCAUAAAGUCUCAAAUCGAGGCCACAAAGGGCUUCGUCAAGUCCGUGUGGCUCGUGGGCGGCUUUGCGGCAAGUCCCUGGCUCUUCAGCCAGCUUCAAGAGCGCCUCAGCCCUCUGGGCGUGACCGUCAGCCGCCCGGACAGUCAGACCUCAAAGGCAGUCGCCGAUGGCGCGAUUGGAUUUUACUGCGACCAUCACGUCUCUGCGCGCAUGUCCAAGUUCAUGUACGGUGUAGAAUACUUGCGUGAGUUUGACCCACAGGAUCCAGACCACGCGGCACGGAAGGACAGGCUGUGCGAGUUGCCGUCUGGCCCGCGCUUGCUGCCGGAUGCCUUUGACUGCAUUCUCUCCAGAAGCGUCCGAGUGAAGGAGUCGACCGUGUUCAGCCGGAAGUACUGCACCGAGGUCACCAGCCUGUCGACGCUGUCCGUGUUCGAGGUGGAGGUCUGGUGCUUCCGCGGCGGGGACAUGGUCCCCAAGUGGAUCCUCCGCAAGGACGAGAGCUUCUCGACGCUCUGCGUCGUCCAGGCGGACCUGUCGCCCCUGAGCGGGAGCGCGCAGCCGAAGCAUGGCAAGAACGGGAAGACGUAUUGGACGAUCGUGUUUAGCGUCGAGAUUCAUUUUGGGCUGACGGAGUUCAAGGCCAGGAUCAAGUGGGUGGAUAACGUGAGUGUCUCUUCGCCGCCUGGUAUCCGGGAUUUCGCUGAGCGCCGCGGUUCCCAGGGAACGACGCGAUAG